UUCUUCUCAGUAAAUGAAGGGGGUUUUUAAUCGUUUACUAAUAAGUCGGUAUUGCUCUCUCCGUCGACAUUUGAGAACCCUUUUUUUCCUUUUGCUUUUAUCGUUCUGUUUUGAUCGAAGUACUUCACAGAGUUGCUUCAUGGAUAUAAUGGAUCCGACAGAAAAGAAUUCACCGAGUGAGAACAAGAAGCUAUGCACUGAUUGCAAAACCACAAAGACUCCUCUUUGGAGAGGUGGCCCUGCCGGUCCCAAGUCACUUUGCAAUGCAUGUGGGAUCAGAUACAGGAAGAAAAGAAGAACGAUGAUGGGUUUGAACAAGGGAUUAGAGAAGAAAAGGAAGAAAGAGAUAUCAGAUUCUUCACAUAUCAGCUCCAAUGCCAACACAAAUGAUGAUGAUGAUGAUAAGAAGCUUAACGGCAGCUUCAAUGGACUGAGUAAGAGUGUGAAGGUGAUUAUAUGCUUGGGAAGUGAAGUUUUGUUGCAAAGUUCAUCAUCAUUAUCUGGGGUGGUGAAGAAGCAAAGAUGCCAAAGGAGAAGGAAGCUGAGAGAGGUAGAACAGGCUGCUAUUUCUUUGAUGGCAUUGUCCUGUGGCUCAGUUUUUGCUUGACAGAGAAAUCCGAAAGAAGUAACCCAUAAAGCUCCCCCCCUUUUCAUUCUUCUGUUUUUACCUUUGGAUA